ACGUCAUCAGGUGUGAUAAAGAUGGCGGAGUGUGAGGAGGAGGUGGAGGUGUUGGUGCAGAGAGUUGUUAAAGACAUCACGAGCGCGUUUAAGAAAAACCCGAGCAUAGAUGAGAUCGGGGUGAUCCCGUGUCCCGAGGCUCGAUAUAACCGCAGUCCCAUCGUGUUGGUGGAGAACAAACUGGGCGUGGAGAGCUGGUGUGUCAAGUUCCUGCUGCCGUACGUCCACAACAAGUUGCUGCUGUAUCGCCAACGCAAACACUGGCUGGACCGGGAGGCUUUAGUGGACAUCACCUGCACCGUGCUGCUGCUCAACCCGGACUUCACCACCGCAUGGAACGUCAGAAAGGAGCUGCUGCAGUCCGGAGUCUUGAACCCAGAGAAAGACCUGUACCUGGGACAGCUGGCUCUCACCAAGUUCCCAAAGAGCCCAGAGACCUGGAUCCACAGACGCUGGGUGCUGCAGCAUGUCCUGGCUCAGUUGGCAGCUGUCGGCAGCAGCAGGAAGCAUCAGCAGACAGGUGAAGCAGAGCAGGUGGAUGCAGACAGAAGACAGGAGCUCAGCGAUCACCUGGCUCGAACUCUUCAUCAGGAGAUGAAGGUGUGCUCUGACGCUGCCUGCCGUUACCCCAGCAACUACAACGCCUGGUCUCACCGCAUCUGGGUGCUGCAGCACAUGGCCAGGGGCAACGCCAAGGUGUUCCAUGACGAGCUGUCGUCCAUGCGUCUCUGGGUGUCCAUGCACGUGUCCGAUCACAGCGGGUUUCACUAUCGUCAGUUCCUACUGAAGGAGCUGAUCCAUGAGCUCUCCCAGUCUGCAGCUUCCUGCACCAGUUCACCUCAGCAUAGGACCAGUUCAGCCCCCAGCAGCCCCACACUCCACAGUCAGGCUAACGGGGAGCUGUCAGGAGGGGAGGGGGAGGGGGAGGGAGAGGGGGAGGAGGGGGAAGAGGACCUCACAGGUGAGGGGGAGGGCGAGGAGAGACAGCUCAGCUUCAUCACUGUCCUUCAGCUCUUCCACCAGGAGAUGGAGCUGAUCUCAGACCUGAUCCGGUCCUUCCCUGGACAUGAGACACUCUGGAGCCACAGGCGUCACGUGUUCUUCCUGUGGCAGCAGUGGAGGCGGGAUCAGAAGCUCAGUAACGGUGGUGAGUUGGCCCAGCUGAGUGACGGGGAGGCGGGGCUUCAGAAGGGGGGAUGUCUGGGGGGGGAGAGUGUGAACGGACAGAGUCACAGUGAUGCUAUGGAGGUGGAAAGGGUGUGUCUCCCCGACCCUCGGGACAGUAAACGUCUGAAGAGAGGGGUCCACCUGCCCGCUCCCCCCUCCCUGCCCUCUGAGUACACCUUUGUGAGUUCGGUGUUGGACAGCUGCUGCCCCCCUGACCAGAGACGCUUCGCCGUGUCCUACAAAAAGUGGUUAGACACAGUCAUCGUCCAGGAGCCCUGAGAGACUAAACGCCCCAUUUGUACUGACACCUGAGUUAAGGGACACCACGUUUGUACUUACACCUGAGAGACUGGACACAACGUUUGUACCGGCGUCUGAGAGACGGGACGCCGCGUUUGUACUGCCACCUGAGAGACAAACGCCAUGUUUGUAUUGAGGCUUGCAGGAACAAAUCAGGGAUUAAGUUAGCAUCAGUUCUGAGUAAGUCCUGGAUCUGUCCUGGGUCAGUCUGAUGCAGACCCUUACACUAACAUCUGUCCUGGGUGAUCAGAUCUCAAGUCUUAGUGCUUGGUGUGAACGCAGCCCGAUGUGUCCUGAGAACUGAUUGAGAUCUGCUCACUCAGACCACAUACUGAGGUGGUCUGGAACUCAUUGGUCCACAUUGGUUUGGUAAUGUUAACACUCAUGUGUCCUGGGGCACAUGAAGGACCUCCCCCUCACGCGCUGUCAUCUGCAGUAGUUGAACUGUGAGAACGAUGCUGGCUCCUGCUGGAUGAAAACCACAACACAUUUGGUCUUUUCAAACAGAAACGAUGUGCAGGUGAUCCUUUAUGCAGCAGGCAGGUGAGAUCUGAACACGGGUGUUACCUGCAGACACAGCAGGUCCGUGCAAAGUGUGAACUCUGAGUCUGGAGCUGUUCACUGGUGAUCUGAGGCCUGUACUUUGAAGGGAGUUCAUCAUAGCCAGGUUAUCUUCACUUACAUUUAGUGAUCCUUUAGUUACACGUAGUUACCUGUAGUGAUGUUUAGUUAUCUGUCUUCACUAACCCCAACCAGUGAGAUCACACUGAAUGAUCACAUGAAGCUGGUUAUCAGCCUGAUAAGUAAACCCGGAGCUUCUGAGCGUGUUCACAUAAAACGGCCGGAGUUAGCUUUACAUAAACUGUCAGCAGAUCGUCAUAUUUAACAAACUCAGAGCUUUGAUAUUAAAAAAUAUGAAGAAUUUAAACACAUAAUCCAGACUAGAAUCACACAUCUGCAGAGAAAAAUGCAGGAAGAAUUGACUGAAGAAAGAAAAGUCGCUUUGUGAAUGUGCAAAUGAAGUCUUAUCUCUCUUUCUCAUGAUUAGUGCACUUUAGAUCUGACUGUGAUUCUGACUGUGUAACUCCUGUUUGUCCACUUAUAUUCAUUUGUUGCUCAAAUUUUUUUGUGUGACAGAUUUAGACGUUAUAGACUCAGCUGCAGCCCCGACAGUUACAAACCGAGCGGCAUGGAGCCAGUAGAAAUGAAUAUGAAAAAUUCAAAGCAAUAAGUACGAGUAUAUAACAUCUUGUAAGCAUUACUAACAGCCGUGUUUGUUCUGUCAACACAAAGUGUGAGUCGGUCUCUCUACCUCCUCCCCUCUCUCGAUCAGCUCACAGACCUCUUCAUCUCUUGUCCUGAACAUAACCCCGCUCCAGAGCAGGUCAGGUGUUCAGCAUCAGUUACCAUGGUGAUCUACCUCGGUAAGAAGUGAACCACCUUCAUAGUCUUGAAAACUCAGAGUUAACUCUGAAGUUACCAUGGUAACAGAGCAUCCCUCAGAGUACAGAGCUCAGGUCAGUGAAACCACACUGAUACAGGUACGGAGGAUGAGUUCUGGUCUUACCUGCCUGGUCCGGUCUUCCUGGAAGCAUGUGGACCCCUGAAGUUUCACCUGAGCCAGGACCCCUUCAGCUGUCACAGUGUUCAGGUGUGUUCAGUUCAAACUGACUCUGACUUACUCCUCUCUUUGAUUUCAUUCUGUUUCAGUAAUGAUGUUAAAUGAAGCUGCAGGAGGAUCAGAGUGUCUGCAGAGAGCCGAGCUAAACACACACACAUAUAUAUUUGAUAUGAAACAAUCGUCUGUGACAUCAUUUCAAUAUUUCUCAAAAUUCAGGUGUUAAGAAGUUUUUGGUCAUCGUAACAGUUUAUUAAUAAAUACAUUUAAAGGUCUUUUCUAGUAAAAAAAACAGUGAAUUCAUAGUUAAUAUCUGGUAAGUUUAUAGUUAAAUGUUUAAAUGUAAAUAUACAGCAAGUUUAUAAUAAAUAAACAGGAAGUUAAACUGUAAACAGUUUAUUACAUAAAUCCUCUUCAUUUAAAUUCAGGUGGUUUGAUGUUAAAGAAGCCUUUUGAACUGAACACACUGAAGUGACUCUGAUGAUCUCUUGUCUCCGUUACAUUCUCUCAGCGCUCCCCUGAGCAGGAGUCACAGUCAAACUCACCUGUGCUCAACACGUUACAGUCCUCGCUGCUGGUUUCUUGUUUUAAUGCGGAAUCUAUUCAGUAAAUGCCAACUAUGUAGCUCAGCGCUAACUUAGCGUAGCCUGCAACAGGAAGCCAAAUGGCUAAUUGUUCGCUACGAACAGGAAGUCUUACUUACAGCCAACCUGAAGCAUUAAAUCUCAGCAGAGAGAAGUUUGCUUUAGCAGUUAGCGGUACUGAUGUUUGUUCUCUGGUGCUACAUGCUGCUGUUACUCUGCACCUGUUACAGGUGUGUGGUGAGCACAGGUAACAGCACUAUCAACAUGAUAAUCACAGUAAUUAUUGAUUAUAGACAGGAUAGAUCAAAAUAUUAAACUGUUUUUGUUACUAAGCAACAGUAGCUGCUUUAUGUCACCACCCUGUAUAAAUUAAGAAGUGACAUCAUAAAGGUCAAAAUCUACUUAAAUGUUUAUGUUUAAGAUUAUUAUUAUUAUUAACUUUAAAUAUGUUUCUGUACAUUUCAUCUUCAUUCAUUUGUUGUUUAUUGUUCACUGUAACAUACACUUUAACAUAAGAGAACACACAAGUUCAAUAAGAACAGAUGAAAAGAAAACUUGAGAAGAGAUAAAAUAAUUGAAAAUGAGAUGUGAGAUAACAGAAAAUGAAAGAAUUUGAAAUGGAUAAAAUGAGAAUAGAGAGAACAUGAGAGAACAUAAUCCAUGUUGUGUAAUGUAAGGGAUAAUGCAGAGUUAGCUUACUUCAGAAAUUAACUAAAUAUUAAUUUGGAAAUUAAUUUAUUGAUUCAAAAAGUAUUUAUUCCUUCUGCUUAACAAAUAGUCUGCUAGAAUUCUACAGUGAGAGCUGUUUCCAUAGCAACGGUUAACUCUCUAUCCUUCACUAAAUGAGCUAAACUAGCUUCCAUUACUCACAUUAAACUGAGCAUAUCUUAAAGUAAGCUGAUUUCCACCGUAUCCCAUACUACGUUCUGUUACAUGUUUACUUCAUGGGCCUUCUUCAGUUUGGGAGAUCUUCCCCACCAUGGCAUUCCGUUUUUUUUUUUUUUUUUUUAGACGUCUUUUAUCAUCCUUCCUCCUCUGUUAUCCUCUCCUUUCUCUUUUCCCACAGUAAACAGACCGACGUCUAAUUAACCAGACUGCUUUCUAUGGAGUGAUGUUACCACAGUCGGUUCUCCACAGUCCGUGGUUAGAGCCGCGUCUCUACCAACCGCCUGAUUUUCUUAGAGACGGUGUGUCCUCCUUUACAAAGGCGAUCUGUAGAGGGAUGUCAGACCGUUGCUUUGGUAAACACACAGCCUUGUAAUAGGUUUAUUAUAGACUCUAUUCGUAAUAACAUGAGAUAACCUGGUCGUGUUAUGUUAU